AUCACUAACUUACAACUAUCUUUAUGGCUCGGUCCCUUCGUACCUCAUGAAUUUCCCAGCACUCACCGAACUGAGGUUGGAGUUCAACUACCUCACUGGUACCAUCCCAGGCAUGAGUACGGCCUUGAAAGUACUCAACUUUAAAAGAAACUACAUUACGAGCAUCGCCGCCCAUUCACUUGCCUUCUGCGCCGGCAGUCUUGCCUGCAUGACCGAUCCCUCCAAGUGCGCCAGUUAUGGGACAACCCAGCGACCCGCUGCUGACUGCGCCAUCUGUGGCACUACCAAUGCCAUCGCUCCCUUUUGCUUUGGCGCCGGUGGGGAGUGCAUGGUCGCAGCUGCUAGUAACAUUGCUGCCAAAAUACUGAAUUCAGGAUCGGUCACGCCUUUACCACCCAUGGUUUGCUCAGGUGGUAAUCUAACUGCCGUGCUAUCUACCAGCGCUGCAGCAAUGCUGUUGCUCAAGUCAUCACUGGGUGUGACGUUCACCUCGUGGGCAACAAGCGUGGGUUGCCAAGUCGCUGGCAAGCAGGCUGGCACACAGACCACGUGGUCUGGCGUGCUCUGUGGUGAUACUGGGGACGUGAUUUCAAUUUCGUUGGCGCAUCAGGGUCUAACGGGGUCUAUUCAUGCGGAAAUUUCCAAGCUCACCGCGCUCACUUACCUGGAUUUCGGCUACAACCUUUUCCAGGGCAGUCUUCAAGUGUUUGCCACUCCAAUAACAGGGAUGACGUCUUUGAAGGCGCUCUUCUUCAACAACAACUGGUUUGCGGGAACCAUCCCCUCCUUCAUUGCCUCCCUGCCACAGCUUACCACCCUCACUGCUGGCGCUCAAGUCAUCGCUGGGAGUGACCUUCACCUCGUGGGCAGCAACUGUGCCGCUGCUUCAACCUGGAUGGAACGGAUCAGAGGGGAGCAGAAGACUGCAGCAUGUGUGGGUCAACAAAAAAGAAGCUGGGUCCUCCCUCCUUCCCUCGCCAAGGUUCCCAACAGUGCUGCUGCCCCCACUCUCACCAUGACGUGUGCUGCCGUGCCGCUUGAUGCCACUUCUGUGGCGGCACUGCUGAAGGUGGGGGCGGCUCUUGGGGUGAGAGACACGGACUGGCGCAACGGCAGCAAGUGCAACAUUGAGGGGCAGAGCGCCAACCCCAAGUCGUUUCCGGGCAUGUGGUGCAACUCCAACGGCACCGUCCUCAACAUCACGUUGCCCAACAAGGCACUGAGGGGCAUCAUCCAUGCCGACAUCGCCAAGCUCACUGCCCUCUCCUACCUCGAUCUGUCCUACAAUCUCUUCUCUGGUCAGCUCUCCAAGUUCGUCUCCAACAUGCUGCCGCUCACUGCCUUGGCCACUCUGAACCUCAACUCCAACUAUCUCUACGACAGUAUUCCUUCGGCCCUGGUUAACAUGCCUCGACUCACAGAACUCCGGCUGUCAGCGAACUACCUGACGGGCACGCUGCCAGCCAUGGUCUCGCAGCUGCAAGUGCUGGCCAUCGCCAGCAACCUCCUGGCGGGCGCCUUCCCCACGCAGCCCUUCCAGCUGUGCGACAUCCGCAGCAACUGCCUCUCCUCGCCGGGCUCCUGCACCAACGAUGCCGGUGUGGCUCAGCGCACCUCCGGCUGUGCCUUCUGUGGCUCCGCCACGGGCGCCCCGCCUUUCUGUGCCGGCACCACCUGCACUCCCGAUGUCGCUGCUCGCCUUGCCGCUGGCACUGUGAACAACCUCACCUCCACCCUCCCAGCAAUGUUUUGCGAGGCCGUUGCAGUGGAUGACAACUCUGCGCUGGCGCUGCUGGCACUGAGGGCGGGGCUGGGCGUGAGUGCGAGCAGCUGGGCGGUGGACUCGCCCUGCACGCUGGCGGGCAACGCCCCCGCGGUGGACAGCUGGACGGGCGUCGUCUGCGACCUCUCGCGCCAAGUCCUUAGCCUGUGCGUGGGGGGUUCAUGUGUGUGUGGAGGGGAUACGUGUGGGUGGGCUAUGUGCAUGGGCUAUUUGCAUGGGAUAUGGGCGUGCACACAUGUGUUAUGUGCAGUGCAUGUGUGCGUGAUAUGUGCAUGUGCUGUGUGCAUGUGUGUCUGGUUGAUGUAUAUGUGCUAUGUGUAUGCAACGUGUGCUUUAUACGAGUGGGAGGUGCGUGCAAUGUUUGUUUAA